AUGUCGAUGGAAGAAAGCAUCAGUCUCGAAGAAACUAACAGAAUCCGUAUAUCCUUUGGUCUCAAGCCUCUCACGGAGGAUGCUGCACCUGCCGACGAUGCGGACAAACAAGCAGAGCAGAACUACGCCAAGCAUCGAGAAAGGGAGGACAAAGAACGCGAGGCCAAGUAUAUCUAUGACCGUAUAGCGAAGGUGAAGAAUAGACGAGAACUGGGUAGUUCUCUCUCCGGAGCAACUCUUGGUGAUCCCGACGGCGACACAGAAGAUACGCUAAAAUGGAUCAAGAAAGCGAAGAAGAGAGAGAAAGAACUCGCAAGGAAACGCCAACAAGAGUUAGAAAAUAUGGACAAGGCUUUUCAGGGUGAGGAGUACACAGAGAAGGAUUUGGUUGGUUUGAAGGUUGGCCACGAUUUGGAGCAGCUAGCGGAAGGCGAUGCCCAUGUACUCACCCUAAAAGAUAGCCGCAUCCUCGACAACGAAGAGGACGAGUUACAGAACAUAGACUUGGCGGAGGAAGAACGGACGCGAAAAAAUGUUGAAAUGAAAAUCAAGCGACGUGACUACACCGGCUACGACGAUGACGAAUUCGCUACCGGGAAGCAAGGCAUGAAACGAUCCAUACUUGCCAAGUACGACGAGGAACUGGAGGGUUCCCGGGAAACGGGAUUUCGUCUGGGUAGCUCUGUUACACCUACUCAGGUGGCGAAGGUGGUUGAACCUGAGGAGGACCUUGUUAAAGUCAAUCGAACUUUGUUAUCAAUAGACUAUACCAAAAACUUGGAAACAACCGACUACCUUCGCGAGGGUGACGUCGGCUUCAAGAAGCCAAAGACUAAAAAGAAGCGAUUGGCUAGACGCACUGCAAUCGACGUCGAUGAUGGUGCGGAUGCCAAGGAUGAGAACCAGAUGGAGGUGGAUCAGAAGCCACUUGUGCCCAGGCCACGUGAGUUAGACGCUAAUUUUAUCGAUGACGAUGAGCUACAAGUUGCUCUCGCCCGCUCAAGAAGAGCAAAGAUUCAUAAACCAAAAACGUUGACACCGCAAGAGGUUGCUCGUAAACUUGCCGAACAACAAUUUCGAGAGCAAUCGGUCCAUCUUGACGCCAUGAAGAUAGAUGAACUUGAUGGAGACCGUGGAGAAACAGGCCUCGUAUUCGAUGACACCUCUGAGUUCGUUCGUAGUAUAUCGUACACCUCGGCACCGGCGAAGACCGAGCAAGGUGGGCCCCCAGCUGGACCUUCCGUUGAUCAGCGACCGCCUUCCAGGCAGACUUCAGCCACUCCGGGCGAUCAAACGAUUCAUGAACUCGAGGCGGGCGAAGUGAUUGUAAAGGAAGAGGAUGAAGAUGAAGAUGGUGAGGCGAUGCUAGAAGCCGUGGAAGCUGCCAUCAAAGCCACUGAGGCAGAGGAACGUGCUGUUGUGGAGCGGGGGCUCGAAGUUGGGACUGCCAGUGAACAGACUUACAGCUCCGGAAUGGCUGGCACACUGGCCCUGCUUAGGCAACAAGGGUUGCUGGCUGAACCAACAGCUGACCUCACUCAACGGGAAAAGGUCCAGCGGCAACGUGACUUUUGGUUGGCUGAGCACCGGCGCCGACAGGCACAACGAGAGCUGGAGCGGCUACAAUCCCGCGGUGGCAAUAAAGACCAAGCGACUCGCGAGUAUGAAAACCGUCUCCGCGAGCAGCAAGAGUCCCGGGCAAACCUUGAGUUUUUCAAGGAUUACAAGCCGGACGUCAACAUCGUUUAUUACGAUGAGUUUGGACGUACGCUUACACCGAAGGAGGCGUGGAAGGCGCUGUCUCAUAAGUUCCAUGGCAAGGGUUCAGGCAAAUUGAAGACAGAAAAACGGUUGAAAAGGAUUGCGGAGGAGAAGAAGAAAGAGGCCAUGGCCAGCGGCGACACUCCACUAAGUAUGAACCGUGCUUUCCAGAUCCGACAGGAGAAAACUGGCCAAGCGCACUUCGUGCUCUCUGUCGGAAAUAGAGGCGCGGUCCCUCAAGCCUCUGAAUUCUUGGAGCCCCCGCCUUUAUCGAAAGGCAAAACCGAGAAGGCCAAGAACAAGAAAAAGGACGGGGCAAAGAGCGGCUUGGUACAAAUGCAUGACGAGAAGGGGCUUAUCACACUGCAAGCCCCGCAGACAUCCAUUAACGGUGUCGCCAGCGUAGACGGUGCGAGCCCGGUGCCUUCGGGUUUCUCUUCUGCUGGACCAAGAUACGACUCUGGGUCGCCUGCUCCUACCGCAAGGCCCGGUUUCUCUAGGAUAUCGUCUACUGUGGACACACCGUCACAGUCCCAUAGCGCUACGCCGACUGGAGAGCGGACGAAGGUGGUGUUUGGAUUCGGAUCGAAGAGGAAAGCUAUGGAGGACGGCGUUGACACGCCCCCAGCCAAGAGACGUUAAUGUGAGUCCUUGGGGAUUCAACUUUGUGUUGUGUUUCCUGUUUGUUCUUCUUCUUAACUUGUGUAGAGAUGGUAAUGGUUGCCACUGUACUUCUACCUCAUAAUUUGCACCAAUCAGCUGCAAUACAUGCGCAAUGUGGACGGAAAUAGGGAAUCCCG